AUGGCCUCAAACCUCCCUAUUCCCCUACCGCCGCGAACACCCACGCCACCGACACCUAUCCCAGGCUCGCACGACACAUUCGGACACAGUCUGACUGAUGAGAGGAAUCUCUCGCCGGGAUUGAAUCCAGCUCAGAACUUCGACACCCAAUUCGCAUAUUCACCACAGGGCUCACCCGAACGAGGGCCAGGCACCGGGAGAACAGACGAGAGCAUGUUGUCUCCACCGAUCAGCGCGACAUUUAGCAAUCAGGGCAGUCUGAAUUCACAGAGGAGCCCUGUCACGCCGCUCACGGCAAAUACCGAUGGAGGCUUCUCAAGCAUGGACAACGGCGCGGGCGCCGGGACUGUCACCAAUCCAUUCAACUUCACAACCCAGCAGUACGAAAGAAAUGGCAGCAUCGGCAAGGCACAAAGUUCAGAAUUGAUGGGCAAGCGGAGAGGUCACAAGUACCGCCACUCGUCGAUUCAUGCAACACAUAUGGACUCCAUCUUCAAGUCGUCCCAAGUUCAACGACAGCCCCUUAGUKUGCCUGCCUCUCUUCCUCUUCCCACAAGAAAGGAAGCGUGGUGGAGCAUGACGCGCCAUCAGACUGCUCGACUCACCUGGUGUGCUUGUCACUUCCUCGUCUCGGCGUACAUACAGUACACAGGCUCUGGGUCUCUCGCAAUGACUGCGCUUUCUCGAUUACUACUUUUCGAUGCCGCGGGAGCUACGGUGUGCGUGUUGGUGGAUGUCAUGUCAAACUUUGAGGUAUGGAAGCGAAGUUCAAUCAAACACCCCUUUGGCCUCGAACGAGCAGAUGUGCUGGCAGGUUUUGGCAUGGCAGUCUUCAUCGCAUUCAUGGGCCUGGACGUGAUCUCACACGGUGUCCAACACGCGCUUGAGAACGUCGGAUCCCACACAUCCCACCACCCGCACGGACAUGAACGAGUUGGUGCAGGUCAUGUGGACGCUGCGAGUCUGCUGAGCAUAGCAUCCACUCUAGUCUCUGCCGUCCUUCUCAAGAAUCAUGCUCGUAUUGGGCGCGCCAUGCGCUUUGAAAUGCUCCGUGGAUGGGGUGGCAAAAUUCUCGGAAAUCCAAGUCACUUCCUCACGCYCUCCUGCUCGAUCCUCCUGCUCAUUCUACCCUUUCUGACGCCUAGCUUGUAUACCUUCUUCGACCGGAGUCUGGCCUUCAUGAUCGCCGUGCUGAUGAUAGCUCUCGGGGCUCGUCUUGCCACCUCCCUCGCAUCUAUGCUUUUGAUGAGCUUUACGGCGGUUGACAAGGAUGCAAGUCUACAAGCUGUUAUUCAAGCCAUCGCGGAGUCUGAUCCAGCGGUGAGCAAUGUCGACGAGGCGCGAUUUUGGCAGGUCCAUUAUGGACUAUGCAUGGCCAAUUUGAAGGUCAGGUAUAGGACUAGCCGGCAGGGAUACGGCAUGACGGACGACGUUACGAGAAUUCGACAAAAGGUGGCGAACGUGAUCAAGCAGAGAUUAGGGGGCGUGAAGUGGGAUGUCAGCGUACAGCUUUCGGUUGAGAGGGAUUGA